AAAGAAAGAGAAGAAGAAGAGAAAACGACAGAAACAGGAAGAAGAAGAAGAAGACUAAAUCGGUAUCACAAUGACUUCGACCAGGAGACUAGGCAAGGAGCUCGAUGACAUUCGCAAAUCUGGGACGAAGCAUUUCCGCAACAUUCAAGUGGAUGAGUCAAAUAUUUUGACCUGGCAGGGCCUCAUUGUUCCUGACUGUCCUCCAUAUGACAAAGGAGCUUUUCGGAUUGAGAUCGUUUUCCCCGCCGAGUACCCCUUCAAGCCGCCCAAGAUCACCUUCAAGACGAAAAUCUAUCAUCCCAACAUUGACGAGAAGGGCCAAGUCUGCCUGCCGAUCAUCAGUGUGGAGAACUGGAAGCCUGCCACGAGGACCUGCCAAGUGAUUCAGUGUCUGAUCGCUCUGGUGAACAUCCCUCAGCCAGAGCAUCCGCUGAGGGCCGACCUGGCAGAGGAAUACACUAAAGAUCGCGCCAAGUUCAUGAAGAACGCGGAAGAGUUCACAAAGAAACACAGUGAAAAGCGACCUGUGGACUGACGACACAACACUGACCUGCCCGCCGGCCUCCUCUCAGUUCCUGUUCCAGCCUGACUCUCUGUUCUUACCCCCGACGUUCACAGAGAUGUACCUGCAUUGUUUAGCACUCUCCAGCCACUCCUCCUUAAUAGAGGCUUGUGUUUCUGUUUCACUUUGCCAAAAAAAAGCAGGACUUUUUGGUGAAUAGGCAGGCUCCGGCCUCUAGGUGUCACCUUUUGGUUCUUAUUGACUUCUUUCUACUGAUUUCUUUUUAGAAAAAAAUAAGAAAAUUGUCAGAGGUGGCAUCCUGGAAAGUCGAAUUAGAUAAUUAAAAGUGCUGUUCUGCUUACUUAUAAAUGUUGAAUGUUUUCUCAGAUUAAUCAUUGGCUUAUGCAGACCUGUUUACACAUUUUUAAGCUUUUGUUUAAAAAAAAUCAACAUCAUCUAAUGCUGUUGAUUGUAUCUGUUGUCCCCUCCCUUUGUUUUCCUCUGGUUUCUUUUCCCCUGAAGAUACACUGUACUCUGUGAAGUCACCUGUUGCAGUACAUACAAAUUAAAGUUUGUUACUGAUGCAGAGUCCAAACAAAAGCAAAGUUUAUGAAAAUGCAUCAACAUCACAAGUCAUUUGAAAUGUUUUUGUAUUUUGGAGAAAAAAACAAAUUCAAUUAAAAUUCUUCCACCUCUGCUGGCCUCCUCGGAAAGUGCAUAUAUUGUACGCCAACGGAAACGCAGAUGUGAUUACGUUUGAUGUCUGGAUGUCAGACAAGGUCCUUCAAGCACUAUUGUUAGUUUUGCCUUCGAACCCACUGUUAAAGUUAUUCAGCUCUGCAGAAGUCAAACUUUGGCUUUAAAAUGAUUUCUCUGUCAGACUUUGUCCACUUCUUUUUAUCUACUCGUCACAUAAUUGAACAAAGCACUGACUGGUUCUAGUAUUUCUGUAAACAGCAGUUAAACAGCUUAUUAAAUAAACACAAUGCCAUCAGACAGUUUGUGUUUCUACAUCCACUCCAAUCUUUAAACAUAAAUGUCAAAAUGCGGUUUUCUUUGCAUAAACGACUACAAAUUAAAGACAAAACCUGAGUAAAUGAGGAGAGAAAAUCAAAUGUAGGUGCUGAAAGGGCAUCAGGAUUCAGUGAAUGGGAAGUAUGAAGCACCGAGCUAUUCAUAGACACACCUGAUUUUGAUUUAUAGUGAAUCUAUAUUUGACCAACAGGCUUCUUCUGGAAAUGUAACGGUGAACAAAGACAAUAAGACAUUAUGUUAGAGAUGUCGAUGAUGAAAUACAGCUAUCUAUUUUUAAAAAAAUAAACAGUUUCUUCUGAAAUUGAUGCCAGUUUUAGAGAAAAUGCAGCUUCUAUCAUGUUUCUAAUACCUCUGGUUAUUUCUACCAUGUUCUAAAACCUUCAUGUCAUUUCCAGCCAGAAGAAACCUAUUGGUCAAAUAAAAAUUAACUGUAAAUCAAAA